CCGGAAGUUCUUGGGCUGGGAGUUAGGCACCAGCGGAGAUGGCGGGUGCCGCAGCGAGCCUUGAGAAUUGGGGCUAAAGUUGGCCUGCGUGAGAUUCGCGUCCACUUGUGCCAGCGCUCGUCCGGCAGUCAGGGCGUCAGGGAAUUCAUCGAGAAACACUAUGUGGAGCUGAAGAAGGCGAACCCUGACCUGCCAAUCCUAAUCCGCGAGUGUUCCGAUGUGCAGCCCAAACUCUGGGCCCGCUACGCAUUUGGCCAAGAGAAGAAUGUCUCCUUGAACAACUUGAGUGCUGAUCAGGUAACCAAAGCCGUGGAGAAUGUGCUAAGUGGCAAAGCCUGAAGCCUCCACUGAUUGUUAAGAGCAACAACAGCCCCACAACUUGGGCUUUGUUGGACUGAGUAAAAUGUGAAAAAAUGUGUUCUGUUCUUGUGCCGAAGAAUGCUAUCUCUGGAUGUUCUUAUACUCAUUUUACCCUUCAACCCUUAACCUGCAACCACUGAGGCAAAACAGUUUAAUAUAAAAAUAAAACUUUAUUCUGUCCCAUCAACAA